GAGAGAGAGCAGGAAAAAAGUGUCAGAGACAAAGGAGAGAGGAGGCUUUGGGAAAAGAGGAGAGACACAUUCACACUCACUCUGGCUUCUUAACCUUUUUUGUUGUUUCUCACAGCGCUUCGUUAGCACAUUCGUGUUGUUUCACCACCGGAAGUUAACGUAACCAGGCUCGGUGUCAGACUCCUGCUGCAUCUGUUCCAGUGGAAGCGAGGCCUUUAUGGUCAGCAGCCAGUCAGCUGAUGGAAAGAAGUGCAAAGCUAUAUAGUCUCAGUGACUGGAUGGAAAGAGCUGUCAACACACGCUAACCCAGUGAGAAUGGAGGAAGUGGAAACGUACAGGGAUCAACCAGUGGCUCUUUGAUUGACGCCACUGCGGCGUGGCUGGUGGAGUUAUUCUAAUCUGGAGUGUGUUUUUUUUGUUUUGUUUUUCCUCUGCCAAUCCUAUCUGAAGUUCCAGUCAUUGUCCGCACCCUCCUUGUGACCUUUCCUCACGUUCAUCCUUCAGAGAGAGCAGGUGUUGCUGUGUUAAACAACGACAGGUCUCUUUUACCUCACAUACCCCGCCGCCCCCCACCCCACCACCACCUCUCUCUCAACCGUACGCGGAGACACACAGGCUCCUCUCCUCCUAGUGGCUGAGAGGUUGCUAUAGCAAUGGUUGCCGUGAUGCAAAUGUAGCGUCCUAAAAGUUGUAGUUGUGGAGGUAGUGGCGGGGUGGGAGGAGGUGGCAGAGGCAGAGGCGCAGGUGAACAUCCAGGGAUGGGCAGUGCUCCGUACCCGGCCGGAGAGUGGAAAGGGAAGGGGAGAGGCGGCCUGCAGGAGCUGGGCUGUAUGCCCUGGAAGGUUAGCAAGCAGAAAGGAGGUGGAGGCGGCGGUGGAGGAGGAGAGGUGGUGGUCGUGGGAGCAGAGGAAAGGAGGAGUAGGGAUCCCAGGGACUCUCAGCAGCAGCAGCAGCAGCAACAGCAGGAUCUCUCAUCUUCCUCCUCCUCCCUCACCCCACCAGCACCUACUCAAUCCUCUCUGACACCUCCACCCAUUUAUCACGAGAAGCAGCGGAGGGAGCUGUGUGCCCUGCAUGCACUCAACAACGUCUUCCAGGACGGGACAGCUUUCAGUCGAGACACCCUGCAGGAGAUAUACCAGAGGCUCUCUCCCAGCACUCUGGUGACGCCUCACAAGAAGAGCAUGCUGGGAAACGGGAACUACGACGUAAAUGUCAUCAUGGCAGCGCUGCAGACCCGAGGGUUUGAGGCAGUUUGGUGGGAUAAAAGAAGGGACGUCGGCAGCAUCAAGCUUACCAACGUGACAGGCUUCAUUCUCAAUGUGCCAUCCAACCUGCGCUGGGGGCCGCUCCGGCUGCCACUCAAACGCCAGCACUGGAUUGGAGUCAGAGAGGUGGGAGGAGUCUACUACAACCUGGACUCCAAGCUGCGAAGCCCUCAACCCAUCGGCAACCCGGAAGAGCUUAGGAAGUUUCUGCGCCUGCAGCUGCGAGGGAAGAACUGUGAACUCCUGCUGGUCGUCUCGGAGGAAGUGGAGGCGCAUCAAACGUGGCGCUCCGACGGCUAACGGUUCAACCAGCCGCUCACAGAUGUCCCAACAGGCCAAUAAUCCCAGGACAAAAUGGGAGAGGAAGUAGAAGCGUGCGCUGCUAGACACGCGGAUACACACCUACAGACUUUUUCUUUUUUUUUUUUGGCUCCUUUUUUUUGGAUUUUGUUUACACGACCAUUGCUGGGCUCUAAUCUGAUGAGAUGCAAAGCAGUGAAGGAAACAAACACUUUACAGGGAGAAUCACAGACUUAUUAUUCUGUUUCUGCUCUUUUUUUGUGUUUUUAUAAAUAUAUAUAUAUAUAUAUAUAAUGACUAUUUUUCAGUGUCAAUUUUGACACUGUUGAUUUUUCUUUUUAUUGUUCAUAUUUGCAAAGUCAUGGAGAU